AUGAGCGAAGAAAGGCUGCUCUGUAUAGAUAUUAGAGACUCAAAGAUCUCCACAGUUGCUGAAGGUGGAGAGAUAAAUCCUCUCUGGAGUCGCAGUGACAACUCCUUCAGAUUUAACUUUUUCACAGGCGGUGCUCCACCACCUCCGGAUAAAACCUCUGUAGCAGACCACAGCCAGCCCCCCUCCGCAUCACUAUCUUUUACAGGGCAGGGGUCUACUUUUGCUUUCAACUUUCAAAUCCCAUCUGCAGAAGAUAUGGACACAAAAGAGACUACAAACCCAUCAUCCCCCAGCAACCCACAGUGUAUCCAAGAGGAAGAGCCUUCCCAUUUACAAGGGGUAGGAUCUGCAGGUGGAGAGCAAUGCAAAACGAAGAAAAAGAAGAAGAAAUCUGGCAAGAAGAAACCGUCUGAUGCCGAAACACAACAGAAACCAACAGAAGGGAGUCAGAGGGAGGAGGAGCUGAGCCCAGAGGAGGAGCUGAACAGGCAGCUGGACUGGUGUAUCGAACAGCUGGAGCUAGGAAUACGGUCUCAGAAGGGAACUCCAAAACAAAAAGAGGAGGCCUCUCGAGCCUUGAAGACACUGCGUAGCUCUAAAGCUCCUCUGGUCAAGAAGCGGCAGUUGAUGAGAGCCAUGACUGGAGAUUACAGAAAGAAAAUGGAGGAAGAGAAGAACAAGCAGUUCAAGCUCAUUCAAAGUGAAACUGCAUCAGCUCAGGUUAAAGUAGUGUCGGAUGCCCCAAAGAAAUCAGUUUUUCACCGUCGCGCUGAGGGGAAAUCUGCUCCUGGAGCCUCAGAGGAUCAGCAGCAGCAGACGGAUCCCCAGGGGGCCGAGAAGCCGAAGCUGCAAACUCAGGAGGAGAAGGCAGCCUUUGUCAUUGUUCCAUCGAAAGAGGAGUUCCAAUUCAAUUUCUUCUGAUGUUUCUGUGCGGAAAGUCUACAAUUUUUCCAUAAAAUCUAACUGAAAAAAAAAGUGCAACUUCCUCUGGAUGUGUACCUGUUUGGAUGAAGCAUCUGGAAAUGACCUUAAUCCACAACACCUCCGUUGCUGUAUUGAAAGUACCUCUAAAUAAACAAAAAACACACCUGAAAUAUUUGCUCAUUUCUAACCAGAUCAGUAUCAGAGUUGCCUUGGCCAACAUGAAUGAAUUAAACUUGAUGACUGGAUAUUUUUUUAUAAAACUUUUUUACUCAACACGGAUAGUAAAUAUUUGUGUUAACCAGAUAAGAUUUACAAAACCUCUUCACAUGUUAUUUCUCUGGAAUGUAUUAUUUUUACAGAAAGUUUUAAUUUACUAUAAUUGCAAAAUACAGUAAAGAUGCGAAGCUGUAUCAUA